AUGGCAACAUUUGGAACACCAAUGGUGGUAAUAUCCUGUUUUAACAAACUAUGGUUGUUUGGGGAAUCAGGCUGUACCUACUAUGGCUUUUUGAUGUCAUUUGGCGGUCUUUCUUCAAUACUUCUUUUGACUAUAAUUUCCGUCGACCGUUACAUAUACGUUGUAAAACACAAUUUAUCAAAACACCAAUCAACAAUACCAAUAAUUAUAACUAUAACUGUAUGCUUUCUCAUGACAUUUGGUUUUACCAUAAGUCCUUUAAUUGGUUGGAACCAGUACACAUAUGCAGGAGUUGGUACCUCAUGUGCAAUAGAUCUAGUUGGAGAAAAAAACAACGGCCAAUCAUUCGUCUUAGCUCUAUGUGCUAUCUACUUUGCUUUACCUGUUGCUGUGAUGAUAUUUGCAUACGGAUCUAUUUAUGCAAAGGUGUUGAAAGAUUCCAAGGCCAAAUUGGGAUACAGUCGAAGGAAGGAUGUCGCGUUACAAAGACAAGAAUUCCGAAAGAAAUUAUCCAUGGAACAAGAACUUGCAGUAACAGUUAUCAUUAAUAUUGGUCAGUCUAAUAUAAAAUAA